UAAACAGCAGAGACAUCAACUAACAACUUACCGCCACUGCAACAAGAAUGUCACAAUUAACCCUUUGAUGUAUAUUUGAUUCCUUAUGAGAUGCCUACAGUCAGCAUCAGGCCUGGAGAUAAAACCCUUGGGUGGGAAGCUCAUGGUUCCUCUGGAAACUUCAUAGUUAAUAAAAAUUUGCCUCAUCAUGACAAGUACUACAAAUGUCCAAAAAGAGACUUUCAGUAUCAAUGAUGGCUUCUGCUGACGUGAGGGAUGAGCUGAGCUGCUCCAUCUGCCUCAACAUCUAUACAGAUCCGGUCACCCUGAGAUGUGGACACAACUUCUGCCGAGCAUGCAUUGGUCGUGCACUGGAUACCCAGAUAGGGUCUGGGGUUUAUACUUGUCCGGAAUGCAGAGAAGAAUUUCUAGAACGUCCAUUGCUGUAUACAUCAAUUGCGCUCCGGAACAUUGCCGAGCGAUUCCAGACCAUCCAACCAGAGAGCUUCAUCUUCUGUACCUACUGUAGUCACUCUCCAGUGCCUGCUGCAAAGUCUUGUCUGUCAUGUAAAGUGUCCUUAUGUGAGAGACAUCUGAGAGUCCAUAGCAGGUCAAAAGAACAUGUCCUCACUGAGCCUACUGCUUCCAUGGAGGCUGGCAAAUGCCCCAUCCACAAGAAGACCCUGGAGUAUUAUUGCUCAGAAGAUACAGCUUUUAUAUGUGUCACCUGUUGUCUGGCUACUGAGCACCAAGGCCACCAGGUAGAUCUCAUCGAAGAAGCUGCCAAGAAGAAGAGAGACAAGAUGAACGUUCUUCUGAAGAACCUGAAAGCCAAAAACGCCAAAAUAGAAAAAAGAGUCCAGGAUCUUCAGGAGUGCAGAAAAGAUAUACAGGAGAAGAUUGCUGGUGUAAGAAAGAGAGUCAUUGCCCUCUUCCAAGACAUCCGGAGACAGCUGGAGGACCUCGAGAAGAAGAUCCUAAGUGAUAUCUCCAAACAGAAAGACCAAGUGACCGCCAUGGCUUCCAACCUGACACAAAAGCUAGAUGUCCAGAAAGAUGAGUUAUACAGUAAAAUACUGUAUGCAAAUGAGUUGUGUAACAUGACUGAACCAGUUGCCAUUUUGCAAGAGUCAAACAAAGACCAUUUUAGUGGUGUCUUCAUAGAGGAGGAUCUGGAGAGGAAAGCUGACAAUUUGGACAUCGUAGACAACAUGGAUGAAGGUUUGAUCUCAGAGACCUUGCUACAAGGCAUAGCUGAAAUAGUAAAAAAUGUCAAGAAAGGAAUCAAUGUCCAGGCCCCUACAGACAUUCUCCUGGACGUGACCACUGCUUGUAAAAAUGUCAAAAUAUCACCUGACCUGAAGACAGCAUCUUGGUCCCAAGUUAAGUUGAACCGUCCAGAAACCACUCGAAGAUUUCAGGAUCCUCAAGUGCUGAGCUCCAGAAGCUUCUCUAGUGGACGUCAUUACUUUGAGGUGGAGACCAGCAAGACUGGAAACUGGAGGGUGGGGUUGUGUUACCCCAGUAUAGACCGGAGUGGGCACCAGGCAUGGAUUGGGGACAAUAAGAAGUCCUGGUGCUUACGUAAGGUCUAUUACAAUAACAGUAUUCAGUAUUCAGUCAUGCAUGACAGCAAAGUCUUUCAAUUAACUCAACAAUUGUCUUCUCACAAGUUCAGGGUCUAUCUAGAUUACGACACUGGGCAGCUGUCCUUCUAUGAGCUCAGUGACCCCAUCAGACACCUCCACACCUUCACUGCCACCUUCACAGAGCCUCUUCAUGCUGCCUUCUGUGUCUUGAAGGAUGGGUGCAUAAAGAUCUGCGGCUGAGGAUUGUUUAGGAAGUUAUGGACAAGUAACAUCACGAAGGAGGUUGGACAAGGUGUUGGUGCUCCUUCUAGAGAAGGACAAGUCAUAGAUCUUCUAGUUCUUCUGUCAACUUAUUUAAUCUUUCAUUUUCUUGGGUUGACCAUCAUUAUGGGACAUGAUUGCUGGACAGUGAGAGGGUGACCAACCAUAUUGGAUUUUCAUUGUGUUGUUAGAAAUGUGUAGGCCAUACAAAGUUAUUUGUGGCAGAGCCCCAGACAGCAAUACCGCCAGUACUCAUCUGAUGGUUACUGGAGAUGAGCGAAUUUACAGUAAAUUCGAUUCGUCACGAAC